GAUACAUAUAGAAAAAGAUAGAAUAUUUUGGAAAGAUUCAUCAGCUGAUUUGAAGACCUGUCUAUAUAGAAAAGCAGAAAAUUUAUAAAACAAGUUGCUGAAUAUUUGAAUCUUGUAAUUCUGCUAAUUCAAUUGUUGUUUUUUUUAUUCUUGCAUAUAAUUAUACACAAAUUUUUCAAGCAUGGCUCAAUUGGAAUUAGAUCCGCAUUUCAUACAGGGUUUACGAUUAUUACAUUCGAUAAAUAAGGAUUCUGCUGAUCAAUUAAGAACCCUUUUAGAUGAAGCAAUUAGACAAAAACAUGGACCUGUCAAAAUGUUGUGCAAUAUUUUGCACAAAAAGUAUACAAUGGAGGAGCCAGUUUUAAGUGAUCACAGCAGCGGAAGUAGUAAAAAAAGUAAAAGUUCAUCGUCUAAACAUUCAAGUAAAUCAAGUAAAAAUAGUUCUCCAGUAAAUGUUCCAGCUCGUGAUACACCACCUGAUGUAAUGCAAUCUGAUGAUAAUUUGGCUCUUGAAAUAUUGGAAGACGAUUUAACAUGUGUUGUAUGCAAAGGAAUGGAUGUUGGCGCAAGAAAUAGACUUGUCGAAUGUGCCGAAUGUCAUUUUUUAUAUCAUCAAGAAUGUCAUGUGUCACCAAUUCAAGAUUCACAAAUCGAUGCACCAGGUGUUGCGUGGCAUUGUUUUUUGUGCACUAGUAGUCAACAGACCUCAAAGGAGGGAACAUCGCCAAAGGCUGUGACAGAAACAAAAUCAAAGAAAGAGAAAAGCAAAUCUUCAUCGAGUUCAAAGCACGAUAAAUAUAAAUCUUCAAGUGGCCUUAAUCAAUCAUCAAUGAAUGGCAGUAGCAGUGGUGGUAGUUCAUCAAAUACAAGUAGUUCAUCAUCAAAAAAUGUAACAAUGCCAAAUAUUCAAAUAAUUAGCGGCGAUAAACGACUACGUGACAUGAUGAAAAAAGCAAAACAGGACAAACGAAGUUCAUCUAGCAGUAGCAGUAGCAGUAGUAGUAAACAUUCUUCGAGUUCUUCCUCAAAAUCUUCUCACGAGAAAUCACUUCUCUAUAAAAUGAAAUCAGGUUCUGAAUGAAAUUAAAUUUCAUUCUUAUUAGAACUCUUAUAAUAUUUACAAUCAAUUAUUUAAUUAAUUUUUUUCUAUAAAAAGUACUUGUAUAGGAGGUACUUACUUAGAUCAUAAAUAAUUUUUUUUACCAAUGUUAGCAAGAAUCAGAUAAAUGAAAAUUAGUUCAACUAUAUUUUCGUAUAUUUAAAUAAAAAAUACAAUUUACAUUUAAAUUAUUCACUAAAAGUGUGAAAAAUUUAAUUUUCCAUAUUUUGAAUCAUUAAAAGUUACAUAAUAAUAAUUUUUUAAUUUUACAUCUAAAGUAUUAAAAAUUUAUCCACACUUUUUUUGAAAAAUUUUUUUAAAAUGAAAAUUGGUUAUUUUAAUUUAAAAAUACGAAAACGAGGAAUUUUCAGAUAGUUCAACUCCAUCAUUUGGAAAUUGAAUAACACAUUUUUUACUUUUUAUCAAUGGUUUUAGGAAAUUAAAAAACAGAAAAAAAUUUAAAUUGUUUUAAGGGGAGGGACCGCUAAAAUUUCAACUUUUCGAAAUUAAGGCUGUUUAAGGUUAUCAAUUUUUUUUUUCUGUUAAUAUUGAUUUCUGGUUCUAAAAAAAAUUGUUAAAAAAUCAAUUAAUUUAUCAAUUAUUCUUUAAAAAUUCAACUUCUUUUACAAUUUUUAUUAUUUUUCAUCAGUAAUUUUUUAUAGGCUUUUUAAAAAUUAAAUUUCUAAAAUGGUAAAAAAAAAUAUAUUUUUUUUAAUUUUGAUAAUUCACAAUAAUUUGAGAUUCCAAAUAAUGUUAGAAAAAAAAUUAACACACCUUAACAACAUUAAUUUCGAUGAGUUGAAAUUUCACCAGUCUUUCCCCUUAAAUCUAUUUUAAAGUUUUAUUUUUUAGAUGUUUAAUAAAAAAAAUUAUAAUUUUUCUUAGAAACAAAACCAUUAAUAAAAUAUAAAAUAUGUUGCAGUGUCUAUUUUUUAAAAAAUAGUACUUUCAUAAAAUUAUUAAAUUUAAAGAACAAUUUUUAUAUUGAACAUUUACAAUUAUGGAUCAAAUUUUUUUUUAUGAUUUUAUUAUUUGCUAUUUGUAUUAACUCUUUAUUUUAUGAGACUUGUAUAUUGGGUACUUUUGUACAUAUAUAAUUAUAAUGAAACUGCCACGAUCAAUAUUAUUUGAAGAUUAUAAAUUUACACUUAUAAAACAAAAGUUGCUUUUCAUUUUAAAAAAAUAGCCCAAAAAAUUUUUUUAGUCAAAAAUUAUAGAAAAUUAAACUUCUAUAUUAUAAUUUAAAUAUUUUAAUUAUUAAAAUGAAAUUCAUUUAAUUUUUAAUAAAUUAAAAUAACAUUUAGUUAAUAAGAGGAAAAAUUUUCAACGAGGAAUAAAGAGGUGAAUGAGGAAAUGUUACGGUUCAUUUAUAAUACCAAUAUAUUUUUGCGAUUUUUAAUUUCAAGUUUAAUCCCUACGUCCCAUUGAAAAUUUGGCAAGAGUCAUUUCGUUUCUCGAGUGUGUAACUUAUUAGCUAAGUUGUUUUUUUUUCUUUUUUUCGGGUGAAGGGUACGAGGGUGGGAAUAUAUUUACAAACGGGUCAUGUGGAUUACAUUAGCAUUCGCGCACAUACACUCAUACAUUUUUCUUCACUCUACAUAUCUAUAUAUGUAUGUUAAACACAUUCGCGUGUAUUAAUAAAUACACACAUAUAUACAUAGUGUAUAUAUAUAUAUAAAUCUCGUACACUUGUAAACCAUACAUACGCGUUCACUUUUACAUAUAUACGCCACUGUGUUUAUUUAUAAUGUAGUAGAGUACAUUCACCUCCAUUCGGCCAAUAGAACAACUAUUUCACUCUUUAAAGUGCAAAAAGUUUUCUCCGCUCGAUUCCAUAAAUUGAAGAAAAAAAAAAAAGAAAAUCUUUAGUCAAUCUAAAACAAUUUCCUUGGGAGGGGCGGUUACCGCCUUAAAACUUUUCUAUUUCAAUUUUAAUUGCAAUUAAAACUUGUAUGCAUAUUUUAAAUGUUAAUUCAAAAUAUAUUUAAAUUCAUUCUAACUGAAAAUUCAAUUUCUCGAGGAAUUUAAAAGACAAAUUUUCUGAAAUGUAAAUUAAAUUGCAAAAAAAAGAUUUUCCUUUUUAUGUUAAUUAAUUAAAUUUCAGAAAAUAAUAAUCCAAAGAAACUAUUGUUUAGAUUGAUUAAAGUUUGUAUAAAAUUAUCGAAAAAAUCGUUUUUAACGAAAAAGAAAUUCUUAUAAUCGUUUUAAAACGAUAAAAUCGAUAAACGAAAAAAAAACACUUAAUAAUUAGCGUCGAUUUAGUCUGUUUCAACUCUCCCUUAAUCUAGAGAAAUAUAAUGCUACUUAAUCACGGUCCUGCGAGCGGCCGUUCUUACACUUCGAAUUGCAUUUACGUUACACGCACAAUUGACAAAGCUUCAUUUUUCUUCAAACUUGGAUGGAAUAAAAAACGGUCAAUGGGCUUAUUAAUUACAUCGAAGUAUAAUCCGGACGUUUUCGGGGCGUUUCGAUGCGAACUUUUCGCCAAAAAUUCACUUUUUCUAUAUCGUCAUUCAUUUUUUUUUCUAUCUUCCCUUCUUUAAUAUUUCUUUUAUAUCCAUUUUUUUUAAUUACAGCUAUAUAGCGUGAGAAAAGUCAAUCUGUGCGUUGCAACCGAAAAGGAAAAAAAAAAUCAAAAAUUACAAACGAGUCUUUACAACCUUUUACAUUUAUGGAAAAAAAUUCAGUUUCAUGUAUAAAAAAAAAUAAUCGUCCAUUGCUUCUGAGGGUUACAAAUUCAUUGGAUUUAAAAUUGAAUGUAUAAAUUCUAUUCUUUUUUUAUAUUCUAUAUAAUAUCAAGUGUGUAAAAAAGAGUAUAAUAUGUAUAUGUUUUUUUUUUUAAAUAAAUAAUAAAGAUCACUGAAAUAUCACUUCGCGGAGAAAAAUUGAUAAAUGACAAUUAAUAUUGAGUUUUUUUUUUUUGAUGAUUCAUCGAUUACAAUAGUGUGUGUAUAAAAA